GCAGAGGGUCGCGGGUCGGAGCCGCUCCGGCGGUGCGGGGGCUCCCCUCCCUCGCUGAACUUCGCCCGUCCCCGGGAGGUGCGGGGCGGCUGGCGGGGAUCCCCGCCCCGCUCCGCCGGCAUCACAUGGUGCUGGGGGAGGGAGGGGGGAGCCGCCCCCCAGCUCUCGCUUCUCCUACAGUUUCUUCCAGUCUCAGCGCUCAACUCCGGCGAGGCUGGAGCGCGGCGCGGAGCUGGGCAGGGCGGGCUCCGCCGCCUGCUCCCGGGGCGCCGCUCCGCAGCGGAGGCGGCGGGGAAGCGGCACAAGUGCGCGGCKCCUCCGCUCCAUCUCUGCUUCUGAUGCCCCUUCGCGACUGCACGCCAGCCCGGCGGCCGCGGCUCCGGGAGGAUGCGGCUCUUCCUCCUCGCUGCAACUUUCUGGGGAUUGUGCCUGGCGCCAGGUUUGGGUUUGCAAAUACAGUGUUACCAGUGCGAGGAGUUCCAGCUAAAUAAUGACUGCUCUUCUCCAGAGUUCAUCGUGAAUUGCACAGUGAACGUUCAAGACAUGUGUCAGAAAGAAGUAAUGGAAAAAAGUUUUGGGAUCAUGUACCGCAAGUCGUGCGCCUCGUCGGCMGCGUGUCUGAUCGCCUCUGCUGGCUACCAGUCCUUCUGCUCKCCGGGCAAGGUGAACUCAGUCUGCAUCAGCUGCUGCAACACUCCGCUCUGCAACGGACCCCGGCCCAAGAAGAGGGGSAAUUCUGGUGUGGUGCCCAGGCCACACGUGAUAACCACUCUUCUGCUUCUUAAAUUCGCUCUGUUGUUUUUGUAUUGCUAA